UAACAGUCAGCCUGGUUCCUGGCUGUGGGCCCCGUGGAGCUCGAGUGUGAACCAGGAAGAAGAAAUAUCCUAAAUCUUCUGAAUUAAAACUGAGAAUCAACCUACAUCAAACUUCCUCAGGAAGGAAUCAUGAAUAUUGAAGCAUAUUUUGAAAGAAUUGGUUAUAAGAAUUCUAGGAACAAAUUGGACUUGGAAACAUUAACUGACAUUCUUCAGCACCAGAUCCAAGCCAUUCCCUUUGAGAACCUUAACAUCCAUUGUGGGGAAGCCAUGGAAUUGGGCUUAGAGGAUGUUUUUGAUCAAAUUGUGAGGAGGAACCGGGGUGGGUGGUGUCUCCAAGUCAAUCAUCUUCUGUACUGGGCUCUGACCACAAUUGGUUUUGAGACCACGAUAUUGGGAGGGUAUGUUUACAACACUGCAGCCAGCAAAUAUAGCAAUGCCAUGAUUCACCUCCUGCUGAAGGUGACGAUUGAUGGCAGGAACUACAUAGCUGACGCUGGAUUUGGACGCUCUUACCAGAUGUGGAAGCCUCUGGAGUUAAUUUCUGGAAAGGAUCAGCCCCAGGUGCCUUGCAUCUUCCGCUUGACAGAAGAAAGAGGAAUCUGGUACCUGGACCAAUUCAGAAGAGAGCAGUACAUCCCAAACCAAGAGUUUCUUAAUUCUGAUCUCCUGGAAAAGAAUAAAUAUCGGAAAAUCUACUCUUUUACUCUUGAACCUCGAACAAUUGAAGACUUUGAGUCUGUGAAUAUAUACCUUCAGGAAUCUCCAGCAUCUAUGUUUACAAGCAAGUCAUUUUGCUCCUUGCAGACCCCAGAAGGGGUUCACUGUUUAGUAGGCUUCACCCUCACCUACAGGAGAUUCAGUUAUAAGGACAAUACGGAUUUGGUAGAGUUUAAGACACUGAAUGAGGAAGAAGUAGAAGAAAAUCUAAAAAAUAUAUUUAAUAUUUCCUUGGAGAAAAAGCUUGUCCCCAAACAUGGUGAUAAAUUUUUUACCAUUUAGAGUAAGCAAUAAAAAAUGGUCUCAGUAUUACUUCUGGUGAUGUAACUUUUUAUUACAAAAAAGUUUAAAUGUCUAUAAAAAUAGAAUGAAAUAAUAAAUCUCCAUUUAUCACUCAGUUUAU